UGCAGGGGUGGGAUCGGGGUCCCGGGCGCUCCGGGUGAAAGUCCUCGGGACGAGUCGGGUCUCCUGAUCUCGGGACUGUCCACCGGAGCGGAGGGGUCGCCCGCCCCCAGCCUUCCCCGGGCCGAGUGGGCUGUGCUCAGUAUGACCUGACUGAUGCGAUCGCAGCCCUGAGUCCAGGUGACCAGAGCCACCUGAAAUGUCAAUAGUUCGUUCGUCUGUCCAUGCCAAAUGGGUCGUGGGGAAAGUGAUUGGGACAGCAAUGCAAAAAACCGCUAAAGUGAGAGUGACCAGGCUGGUUCUGGAUCCCUAUUUAUUAAAGUAUUUUAAUAAACGGAAAACCUACUUUGCUCACGAUGCUCUUCAGCAGUGCACAGUUGGGGACAUUGUGCUUCUCAAAGCUUUGCCUGUUCCACGAACGAAACAUGUGAAACAUGAGCUGGCUGAGAUCGUUUUCAAAGUUGGACGAGUCAUAGAUCCAGUGUCCGGAAAACCCUGUGCAGGAACUGCCUACCUGGAGAGUCCCAUCAGUUUGGAAACCAGCCAUCUAACCAAAACUCCGGAAGAACACAGUACCUCUUCAGAACAGUGAAGGAGGAUUAGAAAAACCAGCCAGAGGGAACGGUUUAUAAGUUUACUUUAUGGAAAAGAAAUUUUUCUAAGUUUCAUCACAAACUGAUCAGUUUUUCUUCUGGUAUUUAUGAAAUAGCUAAAAGUAAAUGAAUAAAGCGUUUGUUAUAAUUUUCCAAAAA